AUGGCCGAGGUGGAAUGCGUUACAACAGACAAACGACGCCAUGGCGCACUAGUCAGGCAUCGCAGACGUAAACAUCAUGAUACUCUACCUCCUUCUGAUGCGGCAAAUGUUGAACUGCAAAGACGCACAAUGAUGUCACCAGCACCAGAAGUGUGUACGCCUCAACCACUAGAGUCUCAUUCUACUUCAGCUGCCCGCACCUCAACUGAACAGAGACCACGGCUUUCGUCUCAAUGCUGGGGUCCAGAAGGCUGGAGGACGGGGCGUCUUCCGAUGAUGCCCCGCUUUGUGGGAUCUAGUUUGCUGGAGUUGAUGACCGAGUGGCUUGAUAUGGCCUUCUAUCGGUUGAAAGGCCCCAAGGCUCAUGCAAUAUCUCCAGUAAUUGACCAGGGAUUAACAUCUGUCAUUCUUUUGCAUCCACCAAAGCUUCCACCGGGUGAACUGCUGCAGGUCUGCAUUGAGAGCUACUGGAAUACCGUUCACCCAAUUUUUCCCUUUCUAAAUCGGGCUAUUGUCGACUCACUCUACGAUUCGGAUACCUCCAGCACGCAAAGCUCAUUUUCGAGUCAUGGACAGAAUUCCCCGAGAGAGGCUUUGAAAUACCUCGUUCUUACAGCAGGUUUGCUUGCCACGCCAGCCGACGGAUCCUCUAGAUCACUCGUAUCCUCAUACAUCAGCUACUGCAACUCGCUGCUUGGCCAUAUUAUUUCCCAUCGCGAGAUAAUAUCAGUGCAGACCGUGCUCCUUUUUGCGAUGGUGCUGCGCUGUUGCGACAAGGUUGCCUGGGCAUGGGAUAUACUUACGAUGGGGGUCUCCAUGGCGCAGUCUAUUGGGAUAAACCAAACGAGUUCGCCCCAAAACGGAUCAUCAAAUCAAGAUACCCCGGAGUUCCAGACCUGGUGGUGCAUGUAUGUCUUUGAACGAAUUCUAGCUUUGGAACUUGGUCGCCCAUCCGUUAUAUGGGAUUGUGAGCUAUCUAGAAAACUCGCAUCGCCAGUUCAAGUCGAUCAGGAGUGUGGGUCAGAGCUAAUAUUUCGCAACGCAUUGAUAAGCUUGGCAAACACACUACAUGAAAUGCAAGAGCGCUCCGCUAGAGCCUGGAAACGCGAAGAAUGGAUGCCACAGUCGGUAGAACAGGCAAUCGAGGACAAACUUCGGACUGGAGGAGAGCUGCAAAUCCUGCUUUCUGAAUGGCAAGAUAGCCUACCCCCUGCAUUCAGGCCUGGGUCAACAUCUGCGCUCAGUAAUGGACCACAAUCUGCAUUUCUUUCAUACUACUACAAUCUCGGGGUGAUUUUAGUAACACGAUCUACUAUUCUUGUACCAAAGGAUGAGCUUCAAGCAAUGGUCAACAAGUUUGCUGCUGGAAAGGCAUGGCGCCAACGUCUCCUUUCCGCACCAACAAUGGUCAUCGAAGCCGCACGACAAACGAUCAAAUUAUUUAUUGCCCUGAUUGAUUCAGGAACACCAAACUUUCUCAAGACCAUGACCUCACCCUUGGCAGCAGUUUAUACUUUGGCAGUUCAUAUAUUCCAGGAACGCAGCUCACUGCUAAUUCGGUCUGACUUUGAGCUGAUGAAGGUUGGGAUUCAAAUCACGAAGGAAUACUACGAUAGGCACGAAGCUGCGGGAAAUGUCGAUGAUAUUCUUCUUGAUUUGCAGGAAUACGCAUCUCGCUGUCUGGAGGCGCCAGCACUGAGCCUACCAGAUCUCUUCCAUCUAGACACGAAUGCUCUCAAUUUGAGUGAUAUACCUAUGAGAGACACAGUUUCUACCUUCGAAAUAGGGUCAACUUGGGGCCCGUCCGCUCUAGACUGGGCCGGAUGGGAUUGGAAUGAUUUGAGCCACUUGUUCGCACACAGUGAAUAG